CGCGUGCAUUCUUUUACGCAGUGGAUGUUGUAUUUUUACCAAUGAUAACACCUCGUUCAUUGAAAUCUGCAAAUUGUCACACAAGCUUCUUACUGCUGCUGCAUAAAAGAAUGCACUUUACUAGUAUUAGGCAUAAGUGCAGUGCAUUUGAAUUUCAAAGAUGGUGCAUUAUGGGUACAGCGGUAAAGCAGCACGGAGGAGAAGAAAACAAACAUAACCUUCAAAAUUUGACACUUCGUCGAUAACAGUUUGCUUGAGAUUGGAUGAUUUUAAAGAAAUUCGUCAAUAUAUCGUUAAAUAGUUUCUCAUAGGAAACAUAAAUAAUGGAGGAAAUGGAAUUAGAAGACGCUACUAAAGAUGGCACGAAUGAAAAAUUGCCUGAAAAUCCGGACGGUGAGAGUGUCGGCGAGGAAAGUUAUAUGCUUGAAAACGAGAUUGAGGAGAAAAUUAGUGACAACGAUGAAAGUGAUACAGAUAACGACGACGAAGAAGAUGCUGAUGAGGCCGAGGUUAAAAUGCUCCAGACAUCCCUUGCGGAUAAUCCAUACGACUAUGCUGUUCACCUUGCAUUGAUUUCGAAGCUACAGAGAAUGGGGGAAUUGGAGCGAUUGCGAGAUGCACGUGAAAAUAUGAGUUCUAAGUAUCCUUUGAGUCCAGAACUUUGGUUAUCUUGGCUAAAAGACGAAAUAACGCUAGCUACGACAAAGGAGCAGAAGGAUGCUGUUGUAGAGCUUUGUGAAAGAGCAGUUAAAGAUUACCUUUCUAUUGAAGUUUGGCUUGAGUAUUUGCAAUUUAGCAUUGGUACUAUGAGCACAGAGAAGGAUGCUGCAAAACAUAUACGGCAACUAUUCGAAAGAGCAUUGACUGCUGUUGGUUUACACCUGACUAAGGGUGCGAUCAUAUGGGAAGCAUUUAGAGAAUUUGAAAAUAUACUUGUCGCAGUGAUUGAUCCGGCGAAUCAAGCUGAAAGAAAAGAACAACUAGACCGAGUUGGUGCCCUCUUCCGGAGACAGUUGGCAUGUCCACUUCUUGAUAUGGAGAAGACAUAUGAGGAGUAUCGAGUUUGGCGUUCUCAGGACGGCGCUGAAGCUACUAUCGAUGAUGACAUCUUAAAUGGCGGUUACGAACGUGCCCUUGCUAAGCUUAACAUGCGUCUUCCUUAUGAAGAGAAACUCGUUUCAUGCCAGGGUGACAACGAGCUUUACGAUGCAUACAAAGCUUAUUUUCUGUUUGAGAAACAAAACGGAGAUCCUGGGCGAAUCAUUGUACUUUAUGAGCGGGCUGUGGCUGAUUUGAGCUUGGAAGCACCUCUCUGGCUAGACUAUGUCACUUACCUGGAAACAAAUAUAAAGAUUGAAUCCGUCUUGGAACAGGUAUACCAACGCUCCACAAGAAAUGUACCUUGGUGUUCUAAAAUCUGGGAAAAAUGGAUGCGGUCCUACGAAAAAUGGAAUAAACCCAUCCUAGAUGUACAAACCUUAUUAGAAAACGCCUUGGCAGCAGGAUUCUCUACAGCAAGUGAAUAUCGAAGUCUUUGGAUGACAUAUUUGGAAUAUCUAAGACGUAGACUCGACCAGUCUUCUGAGGAGGAGAAAUUGUUGGACAUUUUACGUAACGCGUUUAACAGAGCUUGUGAACAUUUAGCAAAAUGUUUUGGCCUCGAAGGCGACCCGACUUGUAUGAUUUUACAAUAUUGGGCACGAACAGAAGCAAUACAUGGAAAUGACAUGGAAAGAGCUAGAUCUCUGUGGUCGGACAUUUUAUCGCAGGGUCAUUCAUCAACCGCUGCUACUUGGUUGGAAUAUAUCUCAUUAGAAAGAUGUUACGGCGACACAAAGCACCUGCGAAAGCUCUAUCAAAAAGCUCUAUCUUCUGUUAAAGAUUGGCCUGAGAGUAUUGCUAAUGCUUGGUUAGAUUUUGAACGAGAUGAGGGAACUCUUGAACAGAUGGAACUGUGUGAGGCGAAGACGAAGGAAAAACUCGAUAAACUUGCUGAGGAAAGACAAAAGGUGCAUCAGCAAUCGACAACCCACGAAAAUUCUCAGACAAAAAAGGUCAACAAGAGAAAACCAGAGGACACUGGCAGAUGGAAAAAUUUGGGUGAUUCCCCGAAGAAAAUUGCGAAGACAGAGAAAGCUUCGAGGCCAAUAUUAAGAGAGAGUUCCUUGAAGUUUGACAAAGAUAUCGCACCUCCACCUGGUUACAAAGAAUCCGUACUAGAGAACCAAGGAUCAAAUUCAGGAAUCUCGCCACCACCUGGCUUCAAACCCGAAAGCGAAGAUAAAAUGGAUACAGACUCAAACCACGAGGUAGAUGACAAAAUCACAGUUUUUGUUAGCAAUUUAGAUUACACUGCUACUGAAGAGGAAAUCAAAGAAGCCCUGAAACCCGCUGGACCUGUGACACUUUUUAAGAUGAUUCGUGAUUACAAAGGUCGAAGUAAAGGAUUCUGUUAUGUGCAACUCAGCAGCCCAGAAGCUGUGAAUGAAGCAUUGAAACUAGACCGGACGCCAAUAAACAGUCGCCCCAUGUUUGUGUCUCGUUGCGAUCCUAAUAAAACAAAUAGAGGUAGCGCUUUUAAAUAUAGUACAUCAUUGGAGAAGAAUAAGCUUUUUGUGAAAGGACUUCCGGUUUCCAUAACAAAAGAGGAUCUCAUCGAUAUAUUCAAAGUCCAUGGGACCUUAAAAGACGUUCGCUUAGUAACUUACCGUAAUGGACAUUCAAAAGGAUUGGCUUACGUGGAUUUUGAGACCGUGGCCGACGCUGCUAAAGCUCUUCUGGCCACCGACGGUAUGACCCUUCAGGAUAAGGUAAUCAGCGUUGCUAUUAGUCAACCUCCAGAACGUAAGAGACCUCCGGUAGCUGAUGAGGUUUCUCAGGUAAAGUCUCUCGGUGGUACUUCCACUAGUAGAAGUACAUUUGGCAUGCCGAAAACCCUACUGACUAUGGUUCCACGUAACGUUAAACCCGUGGCAACGAACGGUAAUACCGGUAAAUCGGUAGAUAAUGAUUCGCGCCCGACAAUGAAUAACCAAGAUUUUCGAAAUAUGCUUUUGAAUAAAAAAUAACGCACUACCGCA